UUCCCACUUCCCAAAUCGUCGUCACCGUUCAUUUUGAUUGUGGAGCGAAUAAGCAAGAAGGGGUCCUACCAUCUGCGUUUUGUAAGGUGGUACUGUUUUGAAGAACAUGGCCGUCGUUGGAGUCCUUGCUUUACAGGGAUCUUUCAACGAACACAUAGCAGCCCUUAGGAGGAUAGGAGUGAAAGGGAUCGAGAUUAGGAAGCCAGAGCAGCUUCGCGAUGUCACUUCCCUCAUCAUUCCUGGAGGAGAGAGCACCACCAUGGCUAAGCUCGCUGAGCUCCAUAACCUGUUUCCUGCACUGAGAGAGUUUGUUAAAAUGGGAAGACCUGUUUGGGGAACCUGUGCAGGGCUUAUAUUCUUGGCAGAUAAAGCAACAGGACAGAAGACUGGCGGACAACAACUAAUUGGAGGACUUGAUUGCACUGUCCAUAGAAAUUUCUUUGGCAGCCAGAUUCAAAGCUUUGAAGCCAAGCUUUCUGUACCAGAGCUUGCAUCCAAAGAAGGUGGCCCCGAAACAUUUCGUGGAAUAUUUAUUCGUGCUCCGGCAAUCCUUGAAGUAGGGCCAGAAGUUCAAAUACUGGCUGAUUUCCCUGUCCCUUCUAAGAGAUUGUUGGGUUCAGAUCUCUCUCUUGAAGAUCAAAAGGAGAAUGUUGAGGGAGAAGGUAAAGUUAUAGUUGCUGUUAGACAAGGGAACAUGCUAGGGACAGCUUUCCAUCCUGAAUUAACAGCAGAUACACGAUGGCAUAGUUACUUCUUAAAGAUGGGAGAUGAAGCUACAGAUGAGGCCUCAAGUAGUUGUGUCCCAGUUGAAGUGAAUGUUUGUUAUAAACAGCCGCCACAGAAUGACCUUCCUAUCUUUCAGUAGGGCCAAAAAAAAAAAAAAAUUGGCAAAGCCUAUCUUAGUGUUUUUGGAUGAAAUUGUUUUAUCUCGAUCUUUCUUAUUUUUCCUUUGAAAUUGUUAGAUCUGGUAGGCAUUGAUAGCUGAAUAACAAUGUUACUCUCUCUUCUGUGACUAGUCUUGUCUGCUUCAUAUUGCUCGUUCCUGUUUAAAGUGAAACCAUAUUGAUUGUACCUUGAAUCUAAAAAAGAAUCAAAAGGUAUUCCCUUCUGUUU